GAGACCCUCGGCGGUGCGGAGGUCGAUCCACCGACUCUCUGUUCCCUCCCAUCGACGUCUCCUGCCGCCGUGCGCGGCCACACCUGCAUUAAACGGGGAAAGUCCGUCCGGUGGAGAGGCAGAGAGACCGAAAGGCUUCAGAGAAGCGGAGGCAGGAAACGGAGCACCUUCAUUUGCUCCUAUCGCAUUAGGCUACUCUGGACACUUUGAUCCGAAAAGGGUGAAGGCAAGCAGGCAUGCGACGAUUGGUGGUACUGAGACUUUGCAACCGUGGAGGACACAGGGUGGGAAAUUAGGAUUUAAAACGAAAUUGAUCGGCACGAUUAAAGAGACCGAGUGUGCGCAGCUGUGUGCAGGUUUUCCCUUGUGAUCCCUGACAGAGCGAGGACAGUGACACUGACUCGGCCAUUGUCUCCUCACUGUUUCCGGUCAGAGGGAGCCUCCGCGGGUGCCUCUGCUGUCCAUUGUGACUGUAGAGAAGAGAAGUCUGGAAAAAGACCCUAUUAAGCAUAAUUUCUCUUUGCCCGCCCCUUUUGCAAACCCAGGAGCAGCAGUGAAGUAUCAGCACUAUCCCUAGCCCCGAGCCUAUCCCUCCAUCCUCAGCCCCAUCACCUCUAAACCCCUUAUCCCUAUCACACUCCCUCAGCCCCUUCCCUUUCUCCAGCCCCAGCUUCAGCCUCAGCCUUUGCCCCAUCGGAGUCCCAGAUGACAGCUCAGAAACAUCCGUUACCCUCCUACUCAACACAAGCCUUCUUUCCUCUCCCUCCAGCCCCCGUGGCGCUUGGCACCAAUGCCCAUCAUAUAGACAGAUGGAGCCAACCCUGACCCUUCUCCUGGCCCGUGGGGACGCUAAGAGAAUCAACGCCUGACUACAGGACAGUGGGGGUGGUGUGUGAGUGUGCGUGGGGGGGGCGGGGACAGGAAGGACAGAGGAAGAGCGUAUUGCUUUGUCACCACGGCAACACAUCGCCCAAUCUCCCGUGGACUCCCCUUCAGCCCACAGCAGGAGUUUCAAAACCCCCCAAAUUGUGCCUGACAUAUUGUUGCUUUGAUUAUUUGGCAGAGAUAACUGGCUCCAUGUUUGUGUGGAGAGAAGAUGCGAACAUUGGCAAAAUUCUAAAUAUUGCAAACAUCAUUUAAAAGAAACAGGAAACCAGAAGAAGACUGAUCUAAAAACGCUGAAGGAAAACACACUCCUCAGUCGAAAGUGUUGUUUAAGUUUCACUCUAAGCCCCACAUUUUCUUUUCAUUAUUACCAUUUUUACUGGCAAAUUAACACGCGGGAGGGAUUUUUUUCAAUUUUUUCAUUGUGCUUCCCACACUUCAAUAAGGCAGAAGAAGCAAUUCCCUGAGAGCAAUGAGGAGAUUCAUGUGGGACUCAAGUCAGAGCAUCCUAAGGUGUGCAUGCAUACCUUUAUCCAAGCUGUAACGGUGUGCAUUACACCUCUGCUACCUAGUCCCAACAUGGACUUUGUGUCAAGGCAUUUUCAGUUUCAUUCUCCUGACUAGAAGCAAGGUUUUGGCUACUCAACUUUCACUGGAUGUUGUUGCCGUCUUCUAACCUAGUCUGCUGACCGGCAUUUGGAUUAGCAUAUGAUGCCAUUCUAGAAAUUUUAAAAGAACCACGUAUCAGCAAUAAAAUGAGACACUAAUGGCCAGUGAAGUGAUUUCAGCGAGCUGACAUAACAGAGGGGGGAAUACCGGAGUCCCAAUGCUUCCCAGGUGAAUGCUGCCGCCCUGGAAAAUUCCAUACUGGAAAUUCUGCCGAUGUUUGGAUUCUUUGCUCUGGAUGUUGAAGCUGUAAGGAGGAUUUGGAUCCACUUCUGUAUCCAGUCAGUGUGAGCUGUAAGGAUUUUCAUUCACACGGGACCAAGCGACCUAAACCGAUAUUGUGGAACCUUUGAAUGCAGACUUGGGCGGAUAAAACACUACAAUACGCUGAGCUCAGUCAAGUGUCUUAGUGCAUUUGGUGCAUUACAUUUAUUUUGUCUGCACAUUUGCCGCCAACUGAAUGAAAUAAGAACUGAAAGGAUUGUUUGGUGGAUUCUGUCUUCUUUGUGGUGGUUGAGGCAACCUCAUUGAGCAGGCUGGGAGUGGCAUCAGGAUGCCUGAACUGGAAAACUUUGCCCCACUGAGAAGUCCGAGAGGCCCUGAGCUGGUUUCAAAUGCUCCAGCAGACCCACUACGGAUUCAGCACAGCAUCCUGGAGGAACAGGUGGAGCUGUGGUGGUUCAGAGAUCCUGGGAAGUCUCUGCUCUGCUACUGUGUGGCUGUACUUCUAAUCCUGGGCUGCGGGCUGGGCGGGGUCGGCCUUCUCUCCACCACCACCAGCGUCUCAAGCGAAUGGCGGCUGGGCGUGGGCACGGCCCUCUGCUUGCUAGCCCUCGGGGUCCUGCUCAAACAACUGCUCAGCUCAGCUGUGCAGGACAUGAAUUGCGUUCGAAGCCGACAGCGGAUCAAUAUGCUAAAAAGCGGCGGUUUAUCUGACCUGCUUGUGGUUUUUAUUACAGGGCUGUCAUUGUUGAUUUGUGGAGGGGUUCUACUACACCUGGCACUGGCUAAUCACAUGCCAAAGCCUGGCCAAGCCCUUAAUGAUAUGUACAUCUCUGGAGUGGUUCUGCUAGCUGGAGGGGCAGCUGCAGUUGUAGGUGUUGGAAUAUACUCUGUUGCGGUCGUCCUGCUUGAGAGGACAAGGCACGGACGAAGAUUGGUGGACCAGGUUUUGAAUAUCUUCACUGUUUCUGGACACAUGGACCGUCAGGCUCGCAGAGAGACUACCUCCAGUCUGGCUAAUCUCAUAUGAGACGUAAUCACACUAAGACUGUGUAUUUUGUCACCUUGCGCUUUAUGUCAGAACAUUUAGCCUCAACUAAAUCAUAGCAGGCUUAAUGCCAAAAUAUUACGAGAACAAUGAUUAAAACAAGAUUCAUCCCUUACAUGCUUCAGUUUUGUCACAAGCUGAUUAGACUCGGUGCGAGGCAAAAUGAGCUGAUUUUUAAAUAUCUUCUUGCAUUAAGCAAUCAAAUCUCAAUUCCAUCGAAGAGUAAAACACUGAAGAAUUACGACAUGGCUAUGCUCAAAAUACAAAUUUGAAUGCCCCAAUUUAGAUUUCUUUCUCAACAUGUGACCAGUUACAAAUUCAGAUGCUGUGGCAUUUCUUUUUCACAUGAAUGGCAUUUUAUUCAAGUUCUGUGAAUUUUAUCUAUAAUUAGGCUAAUUAUCUUACCAACGAAGACACCAACGAAAAAUAAGUUUUAAUUAAAGAAGUUGACUCAGGUGGUAGAGAUUCAGUAAUGAAAAGCAAAUAUCAGCUGAAACUUCUAAAACUAAAGGGAGAGGUGUUGGUUUACAAACAGAAGUGAAAUAUUGUAUGGCUAUCAGAUUGGUGCAGCUGUCAGUAAUUGAACAGAAAGGCCUGUGGUGUGAGCCUACAUUAAAAUGAUCAUUUGGUUUAUAUAAAGCUCUUCUACACAAAUGGUGUUCAUACAAAAAGUUGUGAGACUACACAGAUGAAGAGACAGAAACCUUGUCAAAGUUGACACAAGAGAACGAUUAGAGUGUUCAUCUACAAAUUGGAUUGUCACACAUUCAUGAUCUGUUAUAAUACGUAUCCUGUAAAAGUGUCUUUGGGCCACACACCACUCCCUGCUCAUUGUAAGAUAAUAUGGAUAAGAGCACCAGCUGAUAGGCUAAAAUGUAAACUGCUGAAUAAGUGAAUGAGUGAUAGAUGAGACAAAAUAAAUAUAUAUAAAAAAACAUCUUUUAAAAAUGUCUUUAUGAUUCAUGCACCGCCCUCAGUCUGUCCAUGUUCACAUAAAGAUAGGAAAAUAAUCAGCUGACAAAUUUCAGGGAUUUGAGGAUGGUCAAUAGCUCAGUAAAGCUAAAGUCUAGCUGAUUGGAAUGACUUCUCCCUCUGAUCUCAUUUCCUCAGCAAAAUAAUAAUUUACUAUUACACAUGCAGAAGCACAGGGCUAUGCUGUUUGUGACGGACGUGGUCAUUUGGCUGCCUGAACACAUGAUACAAGACAAUAUGAUUGUUGAAGAAUUAUAUCACAGCACUUCAGAAUGUACGGAUACUUUGUGUUUUUGUGCAUCAACACAGUAUUAAUCUUGUUUUCUUCAAGCCUGCUGUCAUCUAUUUUUGUCAAAUUACUUUGUGUAAAGUAUAAUGGCCACUCGUUGUUCUGAAGUCAUGGAGAAACACAAAUCGCUUCAGCUCCAGUGAGUUUUCUUUUAGCUCUUAUUUAUAUGGAUGAGUCUCAUUGCUCUCAUCAAUCCGUGUUGGCAAACAUUUUCAGCAAAAAAGUUAAACUCCGCUGUACACCACUUACCCACCACCAAAGGGCAAACGACAAAGUAGCCAAUGAACUAGCAUCUUGAUGGCUAAAGAUCCAAAUAUUUUCUUUUGGUGGAAACCAAAUUAGAGCUAAAAGCACCAUGAUUAGCGACUGGACUUACAUUUAUAAUGCAAAGUCUACAUGUCAAUGAGCCUGCUGAAUGUUUAGGGAAUGAGGAUCAUAAAGAGAGUUUGGACUUGUCACUGUCAAUUCUUUCUACUUCAGAAAGAGGCGUUUCUAAUGAGAUGUUGGAGAUAGUCCUGGUGCAUUCUGGGAAGUUUUAAGGGGACAUAAAAUAAACAAGAUGACAUAAAACUGAACUAAUGAAUCUAUGCAGUUGCUGUGUUUGCUAACACAUUUGCCACAAGAGGUUAAGAUGGUGAUAUGGUUUGUCAGCUUGAUCUUAUACCCUCUGAUGCCUAAAAAGUCAUUAGUGUAGCUUUAAGCAAGCUGGCAAGAACGCAAAAUGAAGGAUAGUUGCAAUUUUCCCAUUUGUCAAUUUGGGAAAAUGUGACAUAAAAAGACUUCGAGUCCUUUUACAAGAUAGGUUUGCAAAAUCUAAUACCGGGGCAACAUUUACAGAACGAGUGAGAGGAUGAGUCAGCAGCACAAUUCCUUUGACUCUAAGUUAAAUUGGUGUGUUUCUAGUGAGAGUAACAUCAAGUUAUUUAAAUCCCUGAAGCACUUCAGUAAAAGAAAGGAUGCACAUUAUUUUGAUUUGGAUCAAGGUGAAGAAUCUCAGUAAAUAUGACUCAUUGGUUUAAAAAAAAUGUUUUUCAUUUACGCACGAGGCUUUAGUUGGGGGUGAAAAUUGUAGACCUAGCAAUUCUGAUUCAUCCGAUGUAUUAUUGGCCAAGAUAUCAGGCCAUCAUCAUUUCUGAAAAAGCAGAAAAGGAGAAAUAACUGUUGGGUGCAGGAAAAAUCUGUGAAAUUAAAUCCAUUACAUCCACAUGGCCAGUCAUAGAAUUUCAAUGCACUUGCAAAGUUUGAGCUGGGUUGUCAAUAUGCUUCAUCAUCUUUCACUAAAUCAUGUGAAUUUACAGUAUGCUGACAAUGCUGCAUUGUUAUUAUUGAGUCUCAUUUGUUUCCAGAAGUGUAGAAACAUUCACUUUCAAAGCAAAGAGAUACCACUAUUAAGAAAAGCUGUGCACAGUGACAGCUAUUGAAGGUGAUUUGUGUUUAUAAAAUGUUUCCAAAGCC